AUGCUUACCAACAUUGAGCGGGGCGUCAUCAAUGUCACCAACAACAACAGAGCAUACGCUACAGAAAUUAAAAACAAGCUAUCAGCAUUUUUGGACACACCUCCUCCGGACGACCUCAUAGUAGAAAAAGCGCAACAACAAUCUUUCCAAGACUCCAAUGAACGGCAAAAGGCAUCAGAACAUCUACAACAACAACAAAAUCAACAAUCCCAGCAAGACGUGACCAAUAAUGCAAUCAUGGACCUGUUUGCAGAGCGUCGAGCCAAAUUCUCUAAAUUGAGCAAGGAAGCGCAAGCGAAAAAGGACCGUUCUUCCGCUGGUUGGCGAAUGCUGGGAAAGAAAGGAAAGGGUGAAACUAUCAACCCAUAUCGAGCAGAACCACUUAUUCAAAAAGUACAACAUCAACCAGAAAACUAUCAACAGUCACAAAGCCAACAACAACAACAACAACAGCCAGCACAACUUUCUUGCAGCAGUGAAAGCCGACUUCAAAUGGAUAUCGAGCACCCUCCUCUGCUGGACCCAAUGCGACCACCUAUAAGCUCCGUAGCUCAGAUCAUUCGGAAGCCACUUCCAGUGGAAACAUACUGCGAGCACGACGGCACGCCACACCGUCCGCAAAUCGCCAUCCACUUUCUUGCACCCAUCGGAUCGUUAUGGAUAACGGCCCAUUGCGGUCUUUCGAUUUUGGUGGUGUGA